AUGGCUACAGAAUCUAGAAACCGCGUCGAGCCUGGCUCCGUCAACCUCCCCGUGGGGAAGUUCCCCCCCUCCAGCACAUCCACCUCCGUCAACGCCGAGCAGGUAGCCACGGAGAUUAUCGACAAGCUGAACACCGCCCUCUCCCAGAAGGACUACAACAGCAUCUCGAGUCUCUUCCUCGACGAUGGCUUCUGGCGAGACCAUCUCUGUCUCUCGUGGGACUUCCGCACCGUCAAAGGAAGCCAGAACGUCGCCAAGUUCCUGGCGGACCAUCCCAGUCCGAUCAAACUCGAACUAGACCACUCGUCUCCAUUUCGAGCGCCCCAUGUCGGGCCCAUUGAUGCCUUUGGAGACGUCACCGGGAUUGAGUUCUUCGUGUCUGUCACCACUGCCGUUGGCUCCGGCUGGGGCGUUGUCCGGCUCGCUGAAACGGACGGGUGGAAGAUCUUCACCUGCUUCACGUCGCUGCGGGAGCUCACUGGCGCAGAGGCGAAAAUCAACGACCGACGACCGGUCGGCGUGCAGCACGGCGAGCAGACAGGCCGCAAAAACUGGCAGGACCGGCGCACAGCCGACAUCAACUUCGAAAACAAGGAGCCGGCAGUCGUCAUCAUCGGAGCCGGCCAAUCCGGCCUAACAGCCGCCGCCAGACUGAAAAUGCUCGACGUCGACACUUUAAUCGUCGACCGAGAGGACGCCAUCGGCGACAACUGGCGCACGCGCUACCACCAGCUCGUCCUCCACGACCCAGUCUGGUUCGACCACAUGCCGUACGUGCCGUUCCCGCCCAACUGGCCCAUCUUCACGCCGAAAGACAAACUCGCCGAGUUCUUCGAAUGCUACGCCAAGCUACUCGAGCUGAACGUGUGGACGCGCACAGAGCUCAAGUCUUCGUCCUACGACGACGCAACCCGCACCUGGACACUGACCCUGCACCGCCAUCGCCCAGACGGCAGCGUUGAAACGCGCACGCUCCACCCCCGCCACGUCAUCCAGGCCACCGGCCACUCGGGCAAGAAGAACCUCCCCUCCAUCAAAGGCAUGGACUCCUUCCAGGGCGGUCGCAUCUGCCACAGCUCGGACUUUCCCGGCGCCGACGCCAACGGCACAGGCCGCCACGCGGUGGUCGUCGGAUCGUGCAACUCGGCCCACGACAUCGCGCAGGACUACACGGAGAAAGGCUGGACGGUGACGAUCGUGCAGCGCAGUUCGACCUGCGUGGUGACCUCGUCGUCCAUCACGAACAUCGCGCUGAAGGGCCUGUACGACGGCAGCGCGCCGCCUACCGACGAAGCAGACUGUUACUUGUGGAGCAUCCCGUCCGAGCUGUUCAAGGCGCAGCAGGCGAAGAUCACGACCGCGACGACGCAGAACGACGCGGCUGUGCUGGACGGCUUGGCGCGCGCUGGGUUCCGCGUUGACCGCGGCCCGGAUGACUCGGGCCUCCUGAUGAAGUACCUCCAGCGCGGCGGCGGGUACUACAUUGAUGUCGGGGCGAGCCGGCUCAUUGCAGAGGGGAAAAUCGCCGUGCGACAGGGGCAGGAGAUCGCGGAGAUUCUGCCUAGCGGACUGCGACUGGCGGACGGGAGCGAGCUUCAGGCAGACGAGAUCGUCCUCGCGACGGGGUACCAGAAUAUGCGCACGCAGGCACGGGAGAUGUUCGGCGAUGAGGUCGCGGAUCGGGUUAACAGCGUUUGGGGGUUUAAUGCCGAGGGCGAGGUGCGCACGAUGUGGCAGCGCAGCGGACACCCUGGAUUCUGGUUUAUGGGUGGGAAUCUGGCGCUGUGUCGGUAUUACUCGCUGUUGCUGGGACUGCAAAUCGCGGCUGUGGAGAAGGGGAUUCACGAUGGUAUUUAA